GUUGUUAUCGUAAGAGUACUUUGGUAGUUAGAUGGACUCUUGUUUGUCCAACGUUACCUCCCUUGGUAGCAACUUCCUUUUCCGUUUAUUAACACAUUGAAAAAAUGGCUCCCAGAAAAGGUGCUGGCAAGGGUGAGAAAAAGAAGAAGGUGACAAACGAGGUCAUCACAAAAGAAUGCACCAUUAACAUACACAAGAGAAUCCAUGGAAUUGGAUUUAAAAAGAGGGCCCCCAGAGCCAUCAAAGCUGUCAGACAAUUUGCAGAGAAGAUGAUGGGAACCCCUGAUAUCAGAAUUGACACAAGACUGAACAAACACUUGUGGUCUAAGGGAGUUAGGAGCGUCCCCUUCAGAGUAAGAGUACGUCUGGCUAGAAAGAGAAACGACGAUGAAGAUUCUGUUCACAGACUGUACACACUCGUCACAUUUGUACCUUGUGCAUCAUUUAAAGGAACACAUACUUUGAAUGUGGACAGUGAAUAGACUGUAAUAAAGAAAAAAUCAAAAAAAAAAUGUUUGUUUUUGUACUAGCAAUUUCCUUUUCAAAUCAACACAAAGCCUAAUGGGAGACAACACAAUAUUCCAUGGCGAUUAUUUUUCAUUUGAUAUUUUUAGACCA